CACGCACACACACACGCACACUGUUUGUUUAAAAUUGCUUGUAUUGUAAUUCAGUGUGUUCACCUGGGUGUGAACAGUAACCUUAGAAAUACACACACACCCUGCUGAAACUCUUAAAAUCAGAGUUAGAAGGUGAACAUCUUAACAGAAAUUAAUAAUGAGGUCUGAAAGUCCAGUGUGCCUCCGAGUCGUUUUCCUGGUUGUCAUCAUCCUGCUGUGUGCUGAAAUGUUAUUCUACAUUCUGUACACACAUAAAACUACCAUGCACCACAACAUCUCUAAAGAAGAAGAAGAAACUCUAUGUUCUGCAAACCACAUCCUACAGGAGCAGGACACGGUGGUGUUGGUGUGGAUGUGGCCGUUUGGACAUGAGAUGAAGCAGAGUUCCUGCAGCGAGCUGUUCCACAUCACUGGCUGUCGCCUAACUGAUGACCAACGUGAGUAUGACAAAGCUCACAUAGUCAUGUUUCAUCACAGAGACAUCUACAGAUACCUCUCCGAGCUGCUGAGGAUGAGGAGACCACUGCUCCAGAAGUGGGUGUGGAUGAACAUGGAGUCUCCUGCGAAUUCUCAGAGACUAGCUCAGCUGGACGACUUGUUCAACCUGACGGCAAGUUAUCGCAGAGAUUCGGACAUCUGGGUUCCUUACGGGAGAAUCGUAGCAGCAUCCAAGGAGCAUGAAACCUUUAAGAUCCCACACAAGGACAAAUUAGUCUGCUGGAUCGUCAACAACUGGAACUUGCACUUUAAAAGAGUCCGAUACUUCACAGAGUUACGGAAACACGUCUGGAUUCACACGUACGGUGGGGCCUUUAAAAAAACCCUAAGUGUUAAAGAGUACUAUAAAACCAUAUCGAGCUGUAAGUUCUACUUGUCCUUCGAGAACUCCAUUUACAAAGACUACUUCACAGAGAAGCUGUUUAAUCCUCUAAUGUCUGGGACAGUUCCUGUGGUUCUCGGUCCACCCAGGGAGAACUAUGAGGAAGUCAUUCCCUCAGAUUCAUUUAUUCAUGUGGACGACUUCAAAUCUCCUCAGGAACUGGCAGAACAUCUCAAAUAUAUGGACCAGAACCAGGAGGCUUAUGAACGCUACUUCACCUGGAGACAAUACUUCACUGCUGAACGUUCAUAUUUCGGUCUAGAACACGCAUGUCGUAGCUGUGAGCAUAUAAAGAACAAUAAGGCGUACAGAGUGUUUAAAAAUCUCAGUAAGUGGUACUGGGGUUAACUUUUAAAUGAAGUGUAGAUUAAGUUUUGAUAUUAAAUGACAGUGAAAGCUUCUAAAUAUGAUAUUUUAACAGUUCACACAAAGAAUUAUUAAACUCAUAAAUCUAGAAAAGUCCCAAAACAUCUUUCUUUCUUUUUUUCUAAAAUGUUUUAUGAAAUCUCUAAACCCAAUUAUUUAGAAAUUGUAUAAAACAAAUCUUUACAUACUAAGAGUACAGUGUGUUUAAAAACCCCACUGAACACUAAACUGUUGAAGUACGAUAAUGUUUCAUUUAUUUAUACAGAUUUGCAUUUCUUUUAACUCUGCAUUCGUGUCACAUUUUCAUGUCAGCUACAAAAAUGAACAAAAAAUGGUUUACAAAAAAUAAUAAAAAUCGUGAACUCUUUGAUUUACAUUUACAGCAUUUAGCAGACGCCGUUAUCCAGAGCGACUUACAUUUUUUUCUCAUUUUUGUACAACUGAGCAACUGAAAGUUAAGGGCCUUGCUCAGGGGCCCAGCAGUGGCAGCUUGGUGGACGUAGGAAUCGAACUCACAACCUUCCGAUUGGUAGCCCAACACCUUAACCACUAGUCUUCCACAUCCACCUUUGUUAAAGUCAGAAGAAGCAGAGUGAAGGCUCAGGAGGCUCAGGCUCAAGAUUUUAUUACGUGAAAGCUACUCAGUGGGAAUUUCAUCAAAACUUAAUCUUUAACACUCCCAGUACACAGUAUUUACUCUCAAUACAUGAUAAAUAACAAGAAUAACAAGAAACAUUUAGUUUUAAUGAUUCUAAUCUCUAAUCUCGCCUCUGAUUAAACUACAUCUUCAACAGAAACCUGUGAGACAAAUAUUUAACUUAGUCCUCAGAUGGUGGCAUUGCCUUUCUUCUCAUUCCUUUUUUUCUUUGUAUUUAUUUAAACACUGUGUUUAUAAAAGACUUCAAACAUCAGUUAAGGAGUGAAUUUCAUCAUCAGCUCUCACUCCUUCAGUAAAAGACACAGAACAGGUGACACGUCCCCAGGUGACACGUCCCCAGGUGACACGUCCCCAGGUGACACGUCCCCUACUCUGAAAUGCAGAUAGAUAGAUGGAUGUAAGCUGGAUUAAUUUAGCUCGAUGUAAAUUUUGCUUGAAUCUGACCAUCCAUGGUAAUUAUAUGACCUGUUGUGUGUUCCUCUUAUUGUGUACCUGAUGUAAAGGUGCGUCUAAAACGGGUGGGCAAACUUUUUGACUCGCGGGCCACAAUGGUUUCUAAAAUUUGACAGAGGGGCCGGGCCAGAAUAGGAGAUUGGUGUGUUUGUGUGAACUAAUAUAAAUUAAAUGUAAAAAACCUUACACGAAAAGAUUUGGAUUUUACAAAAGAUUUUACAAAUUUAUUACUUUAAUAACGUAGUAAUAAACUCAGUUCAGUUUCAUUCAGUUUCAGUGGGAA